UUGAAGUGUAAAUGGAUACAUGACACAGUUGUUUGGGAGGAAAGCUUUCUUCUGGAAAACCGUUAACGUCCACAAAACUACCGACGAGGUUUGGACAUCGUAACGGCUGAUAGCGCCGUUUAAAGUCGGCCGCGAUGGAGGCGGUCCCCCGGAUGCCGAUGAUCUGGCUGGAUUUGAAGGAGGCAGGAGAGUUCCAGUUCAGCCCGUCCGUCAGGCAGUUCAUCUUGAAGAACUAUGGAGAGAAUCCGGACAACUACAAUGAACAGCUGAAGAAACUGGAGACAAUGCGGCAGAGCGCAGUGAAUGUGACGAGGGAUUUCGAGGGAUGCAGUACACUGAGGAAGUAUUUCGGCCAGCUGCAUUACCUCCAGAGCCGAGUUCCCAUGGGAGCGAGCCAGGAGGCUGCUGUACCCAUCUCAUGGACUGAAAUUUUCUCUGGAAAAACAGUCACACAUGAUGACAUCAGCUAUGAGCAAGCCUGCAUCCUCUACAAUCUUGGGGCCCUGCACUCCAUGUUGGGAGCCAUGGAUAACAGGGUGUCUGAGGAGGGGAUGAAGGUGUCGUGUACCCACUUCCAGUGCUCUGCCGGGGCAUUCUCCUACCUGAGAGAUCAUUUCAGCCACAACUUCAGUGUGGACAUGAGCCACCAGAUCCUUAACCUCAACAUCAACCUUAUGCUGGGCCAGGCUCAGGAGUGUCUUCUGGAAAAGUCCAUGUUGGACAACAGGAAGAGUUUCCUGGUUGCACGCAUCAGCGCUCAGGUGGUGGAUUACUACAAAGAGGCCUGCAGGGCUCUGGAGAACUCGGAGACAGCCUCCAUGCUGGGAAAGAUCCAGAAGGACUGGAAGAAACUGGUUCAGAUGAAAAUCUACUACUUUGCUGCUAUUGCACAUCUCCAUAUGGGAAAACAGGCUGAGGAGCAGCAGAAGUACGGAGAGCGGUUGGCGUACCUGCAGAGCUCCAUGGAUAAACUCAGUGAAGCCAUCAAGCUGGCCAAGGGUCAACCUGACAGUGUGCAAGAGGCCUUGAGAUUCACCAUGGAUGUUAUCGGUGGAAAGUUUAAUUCAGCCAAAAAGGACAACGACUUCAUCUAUCAUGAGACGGUUCCCUCUCUGGAGACUCUGGCCUCAGUCAAAGGUGCACCACUGGUGAAAGCUCUACCAGUCAACCCCACCGACCCCAGCGUCACUGGACCAGACCUGUUUGCCAAGUUGGUGCCAAUGGCUGCUCAUGAAGCCUCUUCUCUGUACAGUGAGGAGAAGGCCAAGCUGCUGAGGGACGUCAUGGUCAAGAUAGAAAGCAAGAAUGAGACACUAGAACAGUUCAUGGACUCUCUGGGCUUGGAGCCGGAGUCUGUGGACAACCUGGACAUGUACAGUCACAUCCCUCCGGUCCUGAUGGAGAAAUGUGCUGCGCUCAGCGUUCGACCUGACACCGUCAAGAGCCUCAUCCAGUCUAUGCAGGUGCUCUCGGGCGUCUUCACUGAUGUGGAGUCUUCACUGAAGGAGAUCAGGGACGUCCUGGAGGCAGACGAGGCCGGCGUGCGAGCCCUCCAGGAGGUCGGCGGCCCCGCUGCUGGCGAGAUGCACCCAGCGGCGCAGGGUCAGGCUCUGGCUGAGAUCCGCAGGGACCUGGAGAAGUACAUGGAGGCCCACGAAAAGGCCAGUUUCACCAACACGGAGCUCCACCGGGCCAUGAACCUGCACAUCAGCAACCUGCGUCUGCUGGGGGGGCCGCUGGAGAGUCUGAGAGAGGCCCUGCCCCGGCCCCAGCUCAGUGAAGAGGAAGUAGCAGGGCUGCAGUGUAUGAAGCGGAUCCUGGGGAAGGUCCAGGAAAUGAGGGAACAGAGAAGCUCUUUGGAGAAACAGCUCCGCGACCUCAUCCAGCAGGACGACAUCACCUCCACCCUCGUCACCACUGAGCGGGCCGACAUGAAGCGUAUAUUUGAGGACCAGCUGAAGAAGUACGAGCAGGUGAAGGUGUACAUUGACCAGAACCUGGCGGCUCAGGAGAACAUCCUGAAGGCUCUGACGGAGGCAAAUGUUCAGUACGCCUCAGUUCGCAAGGGCCUGAGUCAGACCGAGCAGCAGUGGAACAGCACGGUCCAGGGACUGGUGGGCUCGUACGAGGCCUACGAGGACCUGAUGAAGAAGUCACAGGAAGGGAAGGAGUUCUACGAUGACCUGGAGGCCAAAGCGUCCCGUCUGCUGGAGAGAGCCAAGGCCCUGUGUCAGACGAGGGCAGAGGAGAGGAAGCCCGUCCUGGAAAAAGAGACCCAGAAAAAGCCCCCAGCACGGCCCACAGCGGCUAAACCCUCCCUGAAGCCAAAGGCUCCAGAUGCAGACUCUGCCUGCUCCAGCCUGGAGGACCCGGAGCUGGCCCAGCUCAGUGCAGCCAUCUUGGCCUUGGGGGGUGACCUACCUGAGGAGCUCCGCAGCCUCCCCCCUGACAUGUCAGCCCUCCCCACCACUCGUAUGCCCGGUCCUGAAGCCUUCAUCCCUCCUGGUGCUAACCUGGCCAGCAGCAGCUCUCUGCCUUGGCCCGGUGCUCCAGCUGCUGGUCUUCCUCGCUUCCCCGCCAACCUGCCGCCUCCAGAACUUCUGGCACGGAUAGCUCAGUUUCCUACUUCAGGGGCUCUAGCAGCACAGGGGCCCCUGCCACGAGGGCCCCUCCCUCAGAUGACUCCACAGAUGCCUCCACAAAUGCCACCCCAGGCAGCGGUGUCAGGCUAUCGGCCACCCCCUCCUCAGGCUCCACAACCUGGCCCUGUUGCCCCGACACCAGUCCGGCCUUCAACCACCACUGUGGACAGCAUCCAGGCCCCCAUCCCCAGCUACGCCCCCACACCACACCACCCUGUCCCACCUGCAGCCUCAGCGGGCUACACUGUGCCCCCACAGAUGGGGGCCUAUCCUCAGUUUAUACCCCAACCAGGGAUGCCCAUUCGAGGCCCACGGCAAACUGCUGCGCCCCAACCUCAGCAGCAGAAGCACCCCCAGCAGUACCCCCAGCCCCUCCCUCAGGGUUACCAGCCUGGACCAAGGGCUCUUCCCGGCCCUCACCCUCACCCUCCCCAGCAAGCCUACCCCCAUGGAUAUAUGCCCCCACAGCCUGGUGUUCCUCCCCAGUACCAACAGGCAUUCCCUGGGCAGCUGCAGCCUCACCAACAAAAUGGCUUUCAGCCUCGGAUACCCCAGGGCUAUCAGACUCCACAGGGCUUUGUGCCCCAGCAGCACCCCCAGAUGAUGCCGGGCUCCAUGCCAAGGCCCCCUCAGGUCCAGAUGCCCCCUCAUGCUGCGCACCCACAAAUGCCCUCAACGUCUCAGCCAGCUCCCCCUGUAUCUCAGCCCUACCUGCCCCAUCCCAGCCAACAGAUGCCCCCCGGACUCCCUCACCAACACAUGUUGCCCCCCAAUGCCCAGCAGAUUCCGCCCCACCCACAGAUGCAGAUACCAGGUGGUCCCAGAGCACAGAUGCCCCCAACAAGUCAGCCAAUGCCUCCAGUCUCACAGAACUACAUGCCCCCCACUAGCCAGCCCAUUCACCCCACCCUGCACCCACAGGUGCCUCCUGCCUCACAACCUCAUAUGGUCCCUGGUCCUCAGGUCCACCUGCCAAGGGGCCCUAUGCCCCAAAUGCCCCCCGGUGCUUUACCCCAGCAGCACCACCCCCACCCUGGACAGCCCCCUGUACCAAACAUGCCCCAGCAGCCCAUGCGGAUGCCCAGCCAACCCCAGGCUCAGCCCCCUCACUCUGGGGGAGUGUGCUACCCAGGAGGGCCUCCAAUGAUGCCCCAGCAGCCCCUGGCACCACAGCCCGCGGCUCCCCAACAGCCUCAGGCCCCUCUCCCCAUGACCCAUCCUCAACCCUCUACUAUGUACCCUUCAGCUCCAGGACCAAACAUACCUCCAAGUGCCCCGCAGCAGCCCACCUCCAUGGGCCCACAUGGUCCUCACGUCCCCCCAACACAGCACAUGAUGCAGCCCUCAGCUGGAGGUCCUUCAACGGCUCAAGCACCCAACGCGGUCCCUCCUUCCCCGUCUCCUUCCCCCUCUCCGUCCCCCUCUCCAGGUUCUACCUCUCUAGGGCUGAACCCUCAGCAGAGACCCACACCAACCCCCACCCCCGGAGGCACAGCCCAACCCACUCUUCCCUCUCCCUCUACUGUCUCUCCCUCCACGUCGCUUUUUCAACGGCAGAACUCCAGCACAGACGACCUCCUCUCGUCGAGCCCAGAGAGCCAACCAGGAGGCACCAAGGCCCCCACCAACGUCCUCCAGCCAACUAAAGCCGACCCGCAGGAUGGCGAGCGUCGAAAGAAGAGCUCACAGGGAGUUCUCUUGAUCCAGGGCGACCCUUACCAAGCUCCGGAGCGUGUCGCCCGGCUUCACAGUGAACUGGAACGUUACAGAGCCCAAGUCGACUCCCUGGAGCACCCCUCGGAGACCGAGGGUGGCCUGUCGGUGCUGGACGCCCGCUGGAAAGAGCUGCAGGACCAGCAGGAGAAGGACGCCCGCCAGCUCUCCAUCGCCAUCGCCCGCUGCUACACCAUGAAAAACCGUCACCAGGAUGUCAUGCCCUACGACCUCAACCGCGUGGUACUGCAAUCGGGCAAAGACGACUACAUCAACGCCAGCUACGUGGAGGACCUGUCGCCAUACUGCCCGCGCCUUAUCGCCACACAGGCUCCGCUCACCGGCACAGCCGCAGACUUCUGGCUGAUGGUGUAUGAGCAGAAGGUGUCACUGAUAGUCAUGCUGGUUUCAGAGCCGGAGCUGGAUAAGGGAAAAGUUCUGCGCUACUUCCCAACAGAGCGCGGCCAGCAGCUCUCUCAGGGACCAAUCACACUCAGCCUGACCACGCAGAAGACGACGCCGACGCACGUGGAGCGCAUGAUCAGCCUGCAGUACCGCGACCAAAGCCUGAAGCGCACCGUCGUCCACCUCCAGUUCACCUCCUGGCCCGAGCUCGGUCUUCCUGACAGCAAGAGCAACCUGCUGCGAUUCAUCCAGGAGGUUCAUGGACACUACCUCCACCAGAGGCCCUUACACACACCUGUCGUGGUGCACUGCAGCUCGGGCGUCGGACGCACCGGCGCCUUCUGUCUGCUGUACGCCGCUCUGCAGGAGCUGGAGGCGGGAAACGGGAUCCCAGACCUCCCACUGCUGGUAAAGAAGAUGAGGCAACAGAGGAAGAACAUGCUGCAGGAGAAGCUCCACCUGAAGUUCUGCUAUGAGGCCGUGUUGAAACACGCCGAGCACGUCCUGCAGCGCCACGGCAUCACUACUGCCACCUGCAGCAAGAACACCAACUCUGCAGCCACAAAGCCUUACUUGAGACAGGAGUCCCAGCAGGAUAUCGUCCUCGGCGGCGACAUGCCCAUCAGCUCCAUCCAAGCCACCAUCGCCAAGCUCAGCAUCCGGCCACCCAGCGCCACAGACCCGGCCAUGGAGGCCCAGUGUGGCCUGGAGGAGCAGGUCGGCACCUUCUUACCUGACCUCGACUCUCUGGGCGACAUCCAGCCGCUCCAGGACCCCUGUCACCCUACAGACGCCCAGCCCCCUUCCUCCUUCAGCCCGCCUCUCUCCUCCCCUGCCCACUCUCCACCCCCACCCAACGGCCUGGAUGCCGUCUCCCCUUCCCCUCCAGCAGCCAACCACCAGCCGGUCCCAGAGGCUGCGCCGAGCAUCAGCCCGCCUCCUGCUUCCUCUGCUCCUGCUCCUUCGUCUCUGGAGCUGCUGGCUUCGCUGACGCCCGAGGCCUUCUCCAUGGAGGGAGGAGGGAAAGGGAAGCAGCGGGUCACCAAACAGAGCUUCCUGCAGCCGGCAGAGGGUCAGGGUCUCCACGGGACUCGAGAAGAAAAAGGUGACGACCCGCUCAGUAGCCUGGACCCACUCUGGAGCCUCAACAAGCACUGAGACGAGUCCACGGCACGCUGCCUUUGUCUCACUCCACCACCAGGCGUCGCGGAGGCCUGUAGCUUUCUAAUCUCGCUUUUAAGAAAAAAAACACGCUGAAUCCUGGGAAAGCUGGUGACGUGUUAGCGGUGUAGAUUACCAAGAUGUGCCUGGUGGCAGAUGGUAGGGGUUCAAUUUUGAAGUUUGGUGAAUUUCCACUGAAACACAAACACACUCGCUUCUCCUUCCAUCACCGGCGGCUUCUGGGACCAGAUCACUAUGCACUCGUCUCGUAUCCGUUCAUUCCUCCUGUCGCUUUUCUGCUGCUUUUCUUUACAUGUAUGUGAUGGAUGGAACUUGUUCUGCACUUCUAGCACCAGAUCUGGGCACGACAACAACAACAAAAAAACUCCCAGCAUGCACUCCAUUAUCACAGCCUCGUCAAGGCAUCACCAGGUAGUGACGAUGUUCGGCUGCUCCCUUCUGCGCUGGUCUGCGAUCGUUUUAAUGUCUGCAAUAACGGAUGAGUGGAGCUGAAGCAGACAGGCUGAAGGAGCUGGGUGGAGCUAUUUUUUAAGACACAAAAAAAAAACCACACACCCCCCCAAUUCAAUCAGUGCGUGUACUCAGUCGUCAUGGUAACACCGAGCAUCAUACAAAUCAGCACGUCUUAACAAGUUUGAUUAUUUUUCUUCGUCUGUAACACUGUAAAUAUCUUAAAUAAAGUUAGUAUUCCAAAAAUAAAAAAAUGUCACUAAUCAUUCAUUAUUGUAAAAAAGAUCAAAUAAAUCCAGUAGACAGACAACUGUGUGGUAUCAAAGCCUCUUUAUUUGAAAAUUAGUACAAAGUCUUGCGCUUUUUUGUGUUACAAAAUAGUAAAUAAGUUACCUCCACUACUACAUCCUGCGUAGAUUGUAGCCUGCCAAUGAAGGGAGGAGGCUGGAGGGGGGGAAAGGAGCAGACAUGGGGAGUUAUAGAUUUAUUUAUUGUUUUGGUCACAGCUCUGAUUUUCCUGACCGAGGUCUAAACCGUGAGAAAUAACACGGACUAUGAUUUCUCCUGGUUCAGGCAGCUGGUGGAGGAUCAGAUGUGGACCACCAUGUGUUCAAAUAUCUGAUUUCUGCCUUUUUAUUGUGAAGAUGCUGCCACACAAUCGUUCCUUUUUUUUUUCUUCCCUGCUUUAACAACUCAAAAGGAGAAACGGAGGUCAAGGCUGCAACCACAGACUCCUGAUAUGGUGCAGUGAGAGCUGCACGAGUGAAAGCAACAGGAUGAAAAGGUAUGUUUGAUCCUGAACAGCAACAACAAGCAUGGUUUACUUCAAUAAACUGGGAAAACCGUAUUCAUGACCUCACAAAGUACUGUUGGAUAUGGAUUGUUACAAGGCCAAGUCCAUAUGCAAUGAACCAAAACAUUCAUAAGAAGCUAAGAUUCAAUUGAAAUUGCUACACCGACCCUCCCUCCUUCCUUUAAAGGAAUAGUUUAACAUUUAGGGAAAUUAUUUUAUUCACUUUCUAGCAGACAGAGUUCAGCGGGUGAGAAGACUGACAGCACUCUUGCGUCAUAUGAAGUUGUAGCCAGUGUGACACCAUAUUCAUGGACGCUGCUACAUGGAUGUUACUCUGUACACGUGGUUGUUGCAUAUUCAGUGUGUGAACCUGGUGGGAAGGGAGACCAACAAUUUCCAGGCACAUUAGGGUCACAAGUUCUGAAGACUUUGACCUUCGUUCUGCUGUGCUUCUGUUGACCCCUGACAGAGCUGUGUGGUGUUACUCAGUCUUUCACGAAGGUGAGAGAAAUCUCACGUACCUGGUAAGUACUGAAUGCAGCAGUGUCCAGGUAUAGGUCAAUAGCAGCAGAGCAGAAUAACAGUCACAAGUUCUGAAGACCUGUGUCAGAAACCUACUGCGCCUGGAAACUAAAUAUUGUCAUGUACUUUGACUGAUGUCAGUAAUUCCAACCACCAGAGUAACAUCCAUGCAGUCAGCCUUUAACAGAAAAUAGUGUAACACCUGCUGGUAAGUGAAUAACAAAAACUACAAACAGGAAAACAGCUAGAGUAGCUAUUCUAAAUGCUAACAUGCUGCUUUAAUUUGAAUAAACUCUCAAAUGUAAAAAUGAGAAUUUGCAGUUUUGUGCUUGGCUAAUUCUUGGCUGCGACUAAUAACGUUACAGUUGCCUGGCAACUUGUCAGACCAAGAAAAAGUCCAUUAUAUAACCCCUGUAAAACAUAAAAAUAAAAUAUUACACUUCAGGUUUUGUAUUAAUUAAACAAAUGAAAGCUCUGUUAGGUUAAUUAGAGUUCGUUCAACAGUGCCGAGCUAGCUGUUUACUAUCCCCAGUUAGUGCCUCUCAUGUAUCUGCAUAUAUUCAUGUCCGGGUUUCUGUAAAGGAUAACUAACCAGUGAUGUUUGGUCAUUUGGUCAACGUCAUUUUAAAAGCUCUUACAGUUGUUCAGAAGUCAUCUCUUGAAUCCUCAAAGACACUUCUCAUCAUCUGGAUGAAAAAAUAUUCAGUCUGCUGCUGUGAUAAAAAAAGAAAAGAAAAGAUUUUUAACUCUGUGCCGCCGUUUCCUGACCAAAACAAAGAUGGCUGCUCAUUGGCUGCUUGGCCAGGACACAGGAUUGUAACUUGGGAGUUAAAAAUCUUUAUUGUCGAGCAGCAGACUUAAUAUUUUUUCAUCCAGAUGAUUAGAAGAGUCUUUGAGGAUUCUGAAAACACUUUAAGAACAUUAGAUAAGUCAAUUAUCUUUUAGAGAAACCAGUUGUCACCUCUGUGAGCUGAAUGAAUACUUAUACAUGAGGCAAAGACAGAGGCUAGCUGUGUCCUCCUGUUUCUGGUCUUUGUGCUAAGCUAACCUACCAGCUGCUACCUGGAACCGUUAGCUUUGUAUCACAGCGUGGUUUUGAUCUCCUCGUUAAACUCUCUCCCGGGAAGUAGAUAAAAACAUUUUUUCCCCAAAGUGUCUAACUUUAGCUUGAACUCAAAUUCACAUUGCUAGAAAACAAGAAGUUUGAAAAGGCAAAAUCUAAAAGCUACACAUUUUUCCGUUUCUAAAAUUCUCUCGACUACCGUUAACAACAGAAAACACAAAGCUAAAACAUUAACACGGUUACAGAGCCAGGGAGAUCACAGGUCUGCUUCCUGCUGAAUGAACGGUAUCUCUAAACGUAUACAAUGUGAAUACUGACACUGCAGGUCAACAGUUGUCGUUUUCAGCUGCUUGUUUUGUGCAGAACAGAAACUAGUCCAUGCUGCAUCCCUGUGAAACCAGACCUGUGACCCUCAUCAGUGUGAACUUGGUUUUCAUGUCUACUUGUUGUACGUCCACGUUUCCUGUGCGUAAGCUGAUGUUCGCAUUUGUGCCAAGUGUGUGUGAGCAUAUGCGUCAGAGAGGGUUAACAGUGCAUUGAAUUAGUGUUGCGAUGCGAUACUGUGAAGGAUUUAGUCGCUGUUUUUUGUUUUGUUUUGUUUUUUUUUUUUUGAACAGGUUUGUUGGUCACACCUUCUGGGGACUACAUUCAACAGACGCAGAUACAGUAGAUGGUGGAUGAUUUGGAGAAAAUACAUUCUGGAUGUUGUUGGUGUCAAACAGGGAGAAGUCUUAAAGCUGGAGGAUUACACUCUCUCAGCAGGUUACCAGAGGGAGGAGGUGAAGUUCAGGCACCGACUUAAAUAAGAUCUAACGACGUGCAGUUUGGAUUACACCAUGAGUAGUUCAUUUUUAUCUCAUCUGGGGCCAGUUUCACAAAGAUAUUUCAGACUGGUCUGUUGUGUUGGUCCGGUCUUAAAUUGGUCGCAUCACAAAAAUAAAGACAGACUAAUUUUAAACUUAAAAAAAAAA